GCUUAUUGAUAUUAUAUCGUUAUUUUUAUAGCAGUUUAUAUUUCCCACGACAUACAGUAGUACUAGGUACUGCUGUGGUACUGCUUCAAAACAAAUCGUACAUCACUCAUUUUAUUGUUAAACAACUACAAAACAACAUGGACGCGUUCAGCGCAGAAGAACAAGUUAAAUUAAAAGAAAUAAUUCAAAAACAAAGAAUACCGAAUUAUAGUGUCGAAGUGAAAAAAGUGAUGGAAGAUGGAGACGGAUACCUUGGGGUUUUAACUGGUUUAAAUAUUUUAGAUACAGAGGGUAACAAAAAACUGAGUUUCGCAAUAAAAACUGCACCAAAAAGUAAGAAACUACGUGAAAUGUUCCCUACUAGAAACACGUUUUUGAGGGAGAUAUACGUGUAUGAGACUUUAUUUCCUGAAUUUCAAAAUUUCCAAGAGCAGUACCACAUAUCCAAACCUUUCAAUUCUACCCCAAAGUACUAUGGCUCAAGUAGUGAAGAUUUGAAUGAAAUGAUAGUCCUGGAAAACUUAAAGGAGAGCAAGUAUAAACUACACACUAGAAGAGAGCCUAUGGAUUCGCAUCACCUCAGCUUAGUUAUGGCUGAAUAUGCCAGACUGCAUGCAGUCUCUUUGGCUAUGCGUAAACUAGAUCCAGAAAAAUUUAAAGAACUUUCUGAUAAGGUUAAAUUAAACGUGUUGAUGGAGCAUGAAAUGAAAAAAGACAGACCGAUAGACCAAGUUUUUAGUGAUAAGAAAGCUAAUGUGAUGUUUGAGCCAGUGUUUGAAGUACUAAAGGGCCGAGAAAAAGAACUUGAAGCUGUAGAAAAGUUCAGUAAGGACGGUAUGAAACUCUUUUUUGAAAGUUAUACCGAGGACUCAGGUUUGAAAGUUAUUUCUCAUUCGGACUGUUGGAGUGCAAAUAUGUUAUUUAAAUAUGAGGAUGAAUCGUAUCCAACUAUUCCAACCAAGGUCUGUCUAAUAGACUGGCAACUAGCAUCCCUGGCUCCCCCCAUUUUUGACAUAAGUUACUUCUUCUACAUUUGUGCGGGCAAAAAAGACUUAAAUAACUAUAUGCGCUUCUUAAACGUAUAUCACACAGUAUUAGGGGACAGUUUGAAGGAUUUUGGACUGGACAUUGAAGAAAUAUACCCGUACGACCGUUUUGAAAGUGACUGGAGGAAACUUUCAAAAAUGGGUUACUUCAUGACCAUAGUUAUGCUAAUGCAAUGCCUCAGCGAGACCAAGACCCACAAUUUUGAAGAGAUGGCCGACAAGGGACAAGAUAUUUACGAUAUGAAUCAAAGAAAACAAGAAAUUUCCGAUGUCUACAGGCAAAGGAUGGGAGAUCUAGUAGAAUUCCUAGUCAAAAACCAACUUUUAUGAAGAUCUAUUUGUCUUAAUUAUAACAUUUUAGAUUAAGUGUAGAGGGUGGUCGAAAUUGGUCUGUUUUAGCAGAGAAAACCUAUUUCCUGACUAGAUAGAGUAAAACCGACAUAGAUGUCAUGGGUUCGAUUUCUGAGACACGUUUAAUGGCGUAAACCGUCUGUCUAUAUUUUCACUGCCCACUGAGAUACGGGGUAUUUUUGAAUUUUUUACCAUUUCGAAAAUUGCCCAUAACUUUUUUAUUUCGCGGAAUAAAAAAAUUCUGUAAAAACGUUCUUAAGGCACUUUUUUAAGCACAAUCCAGUGGCGUAGUCUGUUUUUUCUAUACAUGCUCUUUUUAUCAGAAAUAAUAAAAAAUAUAAUUGUUUAAAUGGAAAUCAUAGUUGGCUAUGAACUUAAAAAAAUGCUGGCGUUUAACCCUUUCCAACGAUAUAAUGUUAUGGAUAUCUAUUCAGAUUAAUUUCGACCACCCUGUACAUGUACAGGGUCGAAUUGAGAUUAUUUAAAGUAAAGAAAGAACUAAACUAGAGUUUUUUUAUUUUAGAUCUCUUAAUUUAUUGGUAAUAUAUUACGUAAAUCGUGUUAAACAAAAUUAAAUAAAUCAUUAAACACUCAA